AUGUUUACAGUUACAAGUUGGUUGUUUGUGUUGAGACAGGGAGAUGGUGCGAGCCGGUCGCGCAGACGAGCGCUGGCGCGGCGCGCGGCGCUGGCGCGGCUACGGCCCGGCUCGCCGCCGCCCGCGCCCGCGCGCCGCCACCUGCCCGUGCAGACCGACCACUACCUGCAGGAGCUAUUUGAUAAAGGCGUUGAGAUGGAGGUGGGCGUCCAGACGGAUCUGUUCCUGGACCGGCCUGCGAGUCCCAUUUACGUGCCUGCGAAAACGGGUGCCGACGCGUACACGCAGAUAUAUCCGGGAGAUCUAUUUGACUUCGACGUAGAGGUGCAGCCAAUCCUGGAAGUGCUGGUGGGUAAGACGACGGAGCAGGCGCUCGCAGAAGUGGCGCAGGAAGAGGAGCUGGAGACGCUGCGUGAGCAGCAGCGCCGCUACGUUGAACUUCGUGACGCCGAGCGCGCGGAACGGCAGCGACUCGCUGCACAGCACGUGCGCUUGCACGACGAGAAGGUAUUUGUUUCAAAACAUAAUUAA